AUGACGCUUCAUUCUGGGGGGAGCAAUGCCGCGAUGUUCUAUGCGAUGGCCCUGUCAUCCGACCAGAUGCUGUUUUAUCUCUACCACAAGGGGAGCUAUGCUGACAAUCCGGUCAUGCUGCGCAGCCCCAAACCGAUGGUGAUGCGAGACGUGUUUCUGACCAAGUGCUCGAGCUUCUUCCCCAACCCGCUCUCGUGCGUGUACGUCCAUACUCUCGGCGAUGCGGUGUUGAAUUGUUUGGCGUCAUGGUUUCUGGUAAAACCCGUUGUGGAUGUUAUUGGAUGGAGAUCGGGUCUUGCACUCUACGCUGGUUCAGGACUGGUCAGCAGUUUUGCCUACCUGUUUGGAUGUCAGCUGAGCAGUACAAAGACCAACACAUGCUUUGAUUGCGCCGCGACAUCUAAUGGUGCGUUUGCCGGUUUUGCGGCUCUCAGCCUGAUACUGCCAAAGUGUUAUUUGCCUGCGAGCAAGCGAGUCCCAGUGUACUACUUUGGUAUCCCGUAUCUUGCGAAGUGCACGUAUGAUGAGUAUAUUGGACCCAAAUUUGUGGAGAAAAGGGAGGCAGGUGCCAUAGAACUGCGUAACUGGGGAUUCGUCGGUGGCGUGUUCUUUGCAUUUAUGUUUUCCUCCUUAGUGUUAAGGACGCGCAGCGACUUUGGGAGAAUGAAUUUGUUUUGGGCGAACUUGAAAAAAAUGCCCUUGUAG